CUGCGGGGACCUGGGUUUUGCUGUGAUCGGUGUUGCAACCGGUGUUGCACUGCAGCGCAAGGCGCGGGAGCCAGAAAAGUGGAGGGGUCGGGGAUCCCAGCUCUCGGUGCAUCAUCGCGUCCGCCAUGCACAGGAGACACCUCCAGGAAAUUCCAGAUUCAGGCAGCAAUGUCACCGCCGGUUUCACAUGGGGAUGGGAUCCCAGCAAGACUUCGGAGCUGCUCUCGGGCAUGGGAGUGUCAGUUCUUAAGGAUAAGCUAGGCAAUGAGAACACCCCCCAGGAACUGCUCAUGUGCGUGGGGCCACCCGCAAAACGGCAGAAAGUGAAGGAAAAGGAAUUUACUAUUGCCCGCAGACCUAGGCUGCUUCGAGAGGCAGGAGCAGGAGUUUCUUGGGAUUCGUUGCCUGAUGAACUGCUUCUGGGAAUUUUCUCCUAUCUGUCCUUGACUGAUCUGCUGAAAGUUCCCCAGGUUUGCCGGAGGUGGCAUCGUCUUUCGAUUGACGAGUCGCUCUGGCAGACUCUCGACCUUGCAGGAAAAAAUCUGCGGCCAGGUGUGAUUGGCCAUCUGCUGCCAUUGGGUAUAACUGCCUUCCGUUGUCCAAGGUCCUGUGUUGGCAACCCUUUGUUCAAAACAAGCAGACCUCUUCGGGUACAGCAUCUAGACCUAUCGAAUUGUACAAUAAAAGUCGGAGAUCUCCAAAGUAUUCUGUGCAGGUGCCAGGAGCUACAGAACCUCAGCUUGGAAGGGCUUGAGCUUUCUGAUGAUAUAGUUAAAAAUAUAGCACACAACCCCUGUUUGGUGCGACUAAACCUGUCUGGAUGCUCUGGGUUCUCUGCAGAAGCCUUGGAGACAAUGCUGGACAGUUGCCCCAGGUUGGAAGAGCUGAACUUGGCCUGGUGUGACUUCACCGUUGAUCACGUGAAAUCAGCAGUCGGCCACAUUUCUCCAACGGUAACACAGCUGAACCUCAGUGGAUAUAGGCAGAAUCUACUGAUGCCAGAUAUCAAAACAUUAACUGAGAGGUGUUCCAGUCUAGUCCAUUUAGAUUUAAGUGACAGUGUUAUGUUGAAGCCGGAUUGCUUUCAGUAUUUCCACCAUCUGGCAUCUCUUGAACACCUGGGUCUUAGUCGAUGCUAUCAGAUACCUCCUGCAGCCCUACUUGAACUUGGUGACAUAGCCACACUCAAAACACUCCAGGUUUUUGGAAUAGUGACCGCUAGCUCCCUUCAACUCUUGAAGGCAACACUUCCUCGCCUAAAGAUCAACGUCUCCCAUUUUACACCUAUUGCAAGGCCCACCAUUGGCUGUAAAAGGAAUGAACAGAUUUGGGGAAUCCAAUGCAGACUGAGCUUGAAAAGUCAAGUUGGUUUUUAAAAUGGCUUGAAAGACAUUUUUAGCUACUAGCAAGAGCUGUGAUGCAUCCUCGAAGGACGGCCGAGUUCAUAGGAUGUGUUUUAAUCUUGUUUUAUUUUGUGACACGCGCUGCAGCCCACAACUUUGUAAAUGCACUUAAAUCAGUUUGUGUGCAAGUGCUGUCAGUCAUACUUCUGCUGAAGUGUAUCAAAAACACGCCAAUUAUGUACAAAUAGUUGACAUUAAGCAACAUGAACCCCAUGCUUUUUUAAACACUAUUGAAAACAAGCUAAGUGUGAUUUUUAAAUAUUAAAAUGCUCCAAAAUUUUAUAUACUUUU